GGAUCCCUCUGUUCUAUUUCCUCCGCUUUAAAUUUUGAGAAACAAUGGCAGAAUUGAUCAUCUUCGAUUUUCAAAAUUGCUCCAUCUUAUUCUUAACCCUCCUCUGCCUCUUUUCAACUCUCUUUCUCUUUGCCUUCUUUUUCAAGAAACCAACGAAUAGCUCUGAUCUACCUCUAAGUCCUCCCUCUCUUCCAAUCAUUGGUCAUCUUCACCUUCUUCUCACUGCUCCAAUCCACAAGUGUUUUCAGAAUAUCUCAUCCAAGUACGGACCUUUUCUCCACCUUCGCAUCUUCUAUGUCCCCGUUGUUCUCGUCUCCUCUGCUUCGAUGGCCAACGAGAUCGUCAAGGCCCACGACAUGAACAUUUCCUUUCGUGGCGCUAUUGCUAUUGAAGAGUGCCUCGUUUUUGGUUCUUUUGGCUUCCUCAGAGCUCCAUAUGGAAGUUACUGGAGGUUCAUAAAGAAGAUAAUCACUACUAAAGGGAUCGGACCACAGGCUCUAGAGCGGUCACAUGGGGUUCGUAUAGUUGAGCUAGAGCGGUUCUACAGAAACCUGCUAGAUAAGGCGGAAAAGGGACAGGGCGUGGAGAUCGGUGAGGAAGCGAUGAGACUCGUUAACAACACCCUAGGAAAGUUGAGCAUGGGAAGUAGCUUUUCAGUGGAGGAAGAUGACGGGGCCAAAGUCUCGGAAUUCACUGUCAAGUUAGCUGCCUUAUCCCGCAUGUUUUUCGUGGCGCAGAUAUUUAAUAAGCCGCUUGAGAAGCUAGGGAUCUCACUGUUAAAAUGGGAUAUAAUGGCGGUUUCACACAGAUUUGAGGAGCUUCUGGAGAGGAUUCUUGGGAGAUACGAAGAGAAAAUGAACGAGGAUCAAGGUACUGAGUUUAUGGAUGCAUUGAUGGCAGCUUAUCGAGAUGAAAACGCAGAGUAUAAGAUCACUAGGAAACAUAUAAAGGCGUUAUUCGCGGAGCUUUUCUUUGGAGCCGGUGACACCUCUUCUUCAACAACAAGGUGGGCAAUGGCAGAAAUCAUCAGUAACCCUAAGAUCCUUGAGAGGUUGAGAAAAGAAAUCGAUUCUGUGGUAGGGAAGACAAGGUUGCUUCAAGAAACUGAUUUACCAAAACUUCCUUACUUGCAAGCGGUCGUCAAGGAAACUCUAAGAUUUCAUCCAGUGGCACCUGUUUUGUCAAGGGAAUUUGAAAAAGAUUGUAAGAUUGGAGAUUUCUACAUACCUCAGGGUACAACACUUGUUAUAAAUGCUUAUGCUGUGAUGAGAGAUCCUGAUACUUGGGAAGAUCCUAAUGAAUUCAAGCCAGAGAGGUUUCUAGCUAGUUCAAGAUCAGGAGGGCAAGAAGGCGAGAGAAGAGAGAAAUCACUUAAGUACCUCCCGUUCGGUGUUGGAAGGAGAGGAUGUCCUGGAUCAAGUUUAGCUUAUAUCUUAGUUGGAACCGCAGUUGGAGUGAUGGUGCAGUGCUUUGACUGGGAAAUCAAAGGAGAUAGAGUCAGCAUGGAAGAAGCUUCUGGAUUGAGAUUCUUCUCAGCUUUGGCUUAUCCCCUAAAGUGCACUCCUCGAAUUAUAAACCACUUACCUUCUGAUAUGCAGAUUCCAUGUUCGUGAUUUCAAGAUUUCGCCAAUUUACAAACAUACCAUUAUGGUUUAAAAGAUCGUUUCUGAUCGCUAUUGCAUAUGUUAUAUGCCUUAUUUUUGCACUCCUUGAUGACGAUGUUGUUGAAUGCAAUUUCCCUGUAUUUCGUUAUAUUAUAUUAAUGCUAAGUUAAAUAUCAAAAUCACACAAACAUUAAUUUGGGUGAAUUGGUGUACUGUAUCUCGUAAAUUUAGUUAACAAAAGUAACAUGUCAAUUAAGAUUAACAAUAACA